CUUGUCGGUAUCUGUGUGAAGGCGGGGGAUCACCGGCUCUUUGUUUCCAGGUGGAAAAGACCGUGGCCUGGUGUGCCAAGGGAGGAUAAAGUUUCAUUCUGAGCUAGUUUUUUGUGGUCUUGUUGUCCUUCUGCUGUGGCCUUGUGACAGAGCUCUACAGACUUAAACUACUUCGUCACACCUCCAUCCAUAGAAAGCGCACUGCUAUUGUUGACAAGGGCUACUGACCCAAAGGCUUUUGAAGAGGGUCGGGUCGUGGGGUAGCAUGUUUUGUUGGAGAGAGCCCUGGCCUGAGACUCAGGAAAUGUGGGGUGUUUUCUUCAAACUGCUCCUGGCUUGCUGCAUGACCUUGGGUGAGAAGCCCGGAAAUGAACCGGAGGAAGUGAAGUUGCAGAACGCCAGCAAAAGGAUCGUUCAGCAGGCCAUCCUGCGAGCAGUGCGCCAAGUCUCCCAGGAGAGUCAGCGGUCAGAGACGAGGACCGGCCACUGCACAACCAGCCUGCAGCCUGGAGCUGGGGAAGUGACCCAGAAACCCGACAAGAAGUAACGGGAGCAGUCUUCUCUACUCUAUUUCCAGCUUUCUUAGUAUCCAAUGUGUCACACACCCAGUAAAGCAAACCAAAGCGUCAUCAGCACCUAGAAGUAGAAUCGAAGCUGCAGUAGCCUGGCCCCGAAGCGUUAUUUUCAAGUGCAUUAUUUAACUCGGUUUCUAGAUUAUACAGUGCCUCACGAACCUGUCGGAAGACAACUUCCACUGUAGUCGUAAUUAUCGUUUCAAGCACAACCUCUUAACGUUUUAUAGUUUGAAAGCUUGUUUAUCGCACUUCUCUCUUGUGCAUUCGUUGUAUAAAUACGUUUAAGUGGCAGCUUUCUUCUUUAAAUUGUUGGUCUCUGUGCCUUCCAAAGAGACCUGCUGAACCUCAGAGGGACUAUCCUUGGAAGUGACUUUGGAAGAUGGAUUUGGGGGCUUUCGAGUGGUAGGGACUAUAAAGGAAAGGCUACAAUCAUUUUAAAAUAGAAAAAAAGAUGUCAAGGGGCCCAGGUGGGGAAUGUUCCCCCAGUGGAUCUGUCAUUCCGGAGUAAGCUCCCUUCCUCUUCAUUCAUUCAUCCAAUCAUAUUUAUUGAG